AUGCCUUCAACCGCCGCCAUCGCAACGGCGCUCAUCGCCCACGGUGCCGCCGUCGCCGCCGCCAGCGCAGGCACCAAAGUCUGGGCGACGCCCCACGACAGCUACUCCUCGUCCAUUGGCGUCCUCGGGUGCAAGGUCAACACCGACCGCGUCGCCUACUGGCCCGACACCGUCACCUGCGACAACAUCUGCGUGUCGCUGAGCUACGACGACCGCCAGCUGUACCUCCUGCGCAUCGACCAGUCCGGCGGCGCGCACGACGUCAGCUACGACGCCUGGAACUACCUCCUCACCGGCAAGUCGGCCACCGACAAGCCCGUCGCCGGCGGCGGCGUCGAGAUGACGGCCCAGGCCGCCGACCCGUCGCGGUGCCGCGACCUCAUCCACACCAAGGGCGGCCGGCUGCCGCUCAGCGCGGCCAACAGCAUGAACUACCUGGCCGCGUGCCUCGGCGAAAAGGACAGCUGGGUCGCCGGAAACUACGCCCUCUACAACGUGCUGGACCCCAUCUGCACGCUCGGCCGCGACGAGGUGUGCACGCUCGACAACUGGCCCGCGCAGAACCAGGCGACCUGCCCGCAUCAGCUUGGCCUGCCCGACGUGCUCAAGGGAGCGCCGGUGUACAACAUUCGCUACCCCAGUGGUGAAAAGGUGCUUGCGUCGGCGCCGGCAGCGCCAAACACGGACGGCGACGGUGACAAGGAGAACGCGGCGACGAUGAUGCCAGGCUCAGGCUGUCUACUGUCAAUUGUGGGCGGCGCAAUCUUGAUGGCAAUGCACUAA